AUGUGGGAUGGUUUGUUCAUGCUUGACAUGUCACAGUGUAAAGCAAGACGAAGGCCCUGUUCCUUUUCCAAAGAUGGCACUGUGGACGAAACUCAGCAAUUGCCUGAUGCUUAUCCCGCCAACAAUUCCAGUGUGGAAGAUGACAGACAGCCCAAGCAGCCUCAUCAGUACACAAACCAUUCUUCAACCACAUCUGCCUCCAAAAAGAGACUCUUAUGCAUGGACGAUGAAUGUCAGCAUGCCAACGACGUGAGUUUGGAACAGCAGAAAUCCAAAGAGCAAGGCGAGUUGAACAAGACGUUUCAGCAGCUGGAGAGACUCAGCAUGAUGUGGCCAGGUGAGGGUAGAGAAGGUCGAUGGUUAGUUGAUAUCAACCUGUUAUUCAAUGGUGCCGAGGAAACAACCAUGAAUGAACCAGCGCAGCCUACUUCAGCAUCCUUUCUCAACCUGAACAAUAACCUGCUGGCCCUCUUCUUCCGUCACCGACAUACCAUCUUCCCGAUUCUUCCCAAAUCCAUAUUCUAUCGCUUAUUGGAGCAUCGAGAUGCAUUAAUUACGCCCUUAUUGCUAAACAGCAUGUAUUGCAAUGCUGCUCAUUACUCGCAAGAAGAUGCAACGGAAGCAGACAACUACUUUAAAACUGCCCAGACAUUGCUAGACACCUACAUCGAUACCCCCAAUCUCAGUCUGGUCAUUUCGCUCUGCCUCUUGUCUACAUUUGAAUCCAACCGCUAUGGCACAGGUCCUCCUAUUGGGAGAAGCAAGGCUUGCAUCUACCGUGACAUGGCCUGCCGCAUGUGUUACGAUCUCAAAUUACACAAACGAUACAGCUUUCAUAACACUGGUGCGACUCCGGAUGACAUUGAGCUUCGUAAGCGGGCGUAUUGGGUUUGUUAUUGCUUAGAUAAGGUGCAGAGUUUGGUUGCUGGUAAACCGUAUUUACUGUCUUCCAAGGACAUUGAUAUUGAUUUCCCUGUGGUGCUUGGUACUGACGACAGCAGCGAAUUUGAUGUCAACACCUGUUUUCUAGAGCACAUCAAAUUGAUGCAAAUCAGCGAGCGGGUGCUUCAACUCGAGAUUCCAGAUCGGCAAGCGGGCAUGCUGCGGUCGCCUGAAAACGAACAGCUGGUGCUUGAUCUCGACGGACAGUUGCUUUAUUGGCUGCGAAAUCUGCCGCCAUCACUGCAGUGGACGCCUCUCAACACAAACAAUGACACGAUACCCACACAGCCCCCCCAGAACGCUCUUGUAGCUCAUCUGCAUCUCGUCUUCAACUUCUUGGAGAUCUCCGUUUUACAGCCUAUCGCAUCCACAUCACUCAGUUCUUCACCUGCAUCGCUGAUCAUUCAGCAACGCUGUGCUUCAGUGGCCACCAAUCUCACUCAAUUGACCUGCGCCAUGGCAGAGCAGCCCACCUUUGUCAUCUCCUUCGCCUUCAUGGCCGAAGCAAUCAUGGCUGCCCUCCGUGUGCACAUUAUGAAUUGCGCAGAUGAAAAGACCAGCACUGCCCGCCAUGCUCGAUUCAUGUUUCAGCGCUCCUUGCGCUCCAUGCGGAUUAUUCUUCAUCACCGGGUGCUUGAUCGUAUUCAAGACUUUGCUACCACGAUUGAAAAGGCACUGGUCGAUGCUGACACCGGCAACAGCAGUAGUCGAAAUAGCAGCCCAAAGAUCCAUGUCUUGUCGCCCAUCAUUCCUCGAACAACUGCAUCAGCAUCCACACACAAUACGAUUGUACCCAUGCCAAUGGACCACUAUUCCAGCGUAGAUGAGCGCUGGCCAGCGAGGGCUAACAACAACAGUAAUGGUAUUUUACCCUAUGGACUUGUAUCGCCUACAUCUAGCACUGCCUCGGCUCCUCUGGAAAAGUCUGCCGUGUCUCGUGAUGAAGACAUUGCACGUCCACACUCCUCACUAUCGCAAAUGAACCAUGUCUACAGUCAUUUAUCAGCACCACAUUCGUCCACCACUUCCAUGACGACAGCAACGCCUCUCAUGGAUCCCUACUCUCGACCCACAACCUUCCAAAUACCUGCAACAACUUCAUCAACACCAACCGCAUGGCGAUCGCCUGCUGUCUCUCCCAACCACAGCAAGAAUUCAUCGUCGCAGCCAACACCGAACCAGGAACAACAGCAAAUGGAGAUGUAUUCAAACAUCUGGUCAAGAACAUCGCUCGAAAACGGAUUACAGCAGUUUUCAUCUGAUCAUUUAGACAACUCGUUCAUUAAUUCCACCAGACAGCAAAUCAGACAGGAAAAAGAAGAAAAGCAGCACUUUGAACCGGCCCCUUCCUCGUCGUCUUCUGCUGCCGCCAACACAAUGCAGGCAGCCAGUAGUUUCGACACGACAGUAUCGGGUGCUGAUAGCAGCAACACAGCUGUUGGAAACGGACACAUGACGGCAGACUCAGAACUGUACUCUUUGUGGGACCAGCAAGCCAACAAAAAUAAUGAACCACAACAGCAACCAGCAACCAUGCUCACUCCACAGCCUCAAACGACAAGCAGCAGGUACGGCUUGGGCGUCUAUGCUUCUGCUCAGCAACACCACACAGACGUGAUCCGUCAACAUAUGCCAGAUCUGAAGCCAAGUACUUCCAAUAGACCGGUUCUACUGAAUCACCACGGCCAAGUAGUUGUUGCUGGUGCAAACCAAAGCAAUCAUUCCAUGCAUUAA